AUGGCUUCUCGGACAGGCGAGCGCUCCGAAGGGAGGCAUAGCUCGGAGAGCUCGGGUGGACGUAGCUGGCUAUCACAAGAGACAGUUAGAGGCAAUCCCGGUUACCGUCAGCAGCAAAAUCAAGCUAUGUCCAACGGCCGCAGUGCCUCCCUAUUCUCGGGGUCCACCAUUUCCGACAGACGUGAUUCCCAGAGCCGAAAUCCCCCGCCCUCCAUAGAAGUUCCGCCCGAGCUAUACAACCCAAAAUUCACCUGGAUCGCCCCGGAAAUAUCACCCACCGAUCAGCGCAAAGGAUUUGGCAGUCAUAGGAGAGCAUUGGCGGUGCUAGGAGCUGAUGAUCCUGGCCCCCCUCCGGCUUCCGGUUCAAUGCCACGACCGCCGGCGCAUCUGAAUCCAUCAACGCCCGACUAUUUCCAGCACGAUCCGAAUUCCUCGUUAUCCUCAUCCCCUAAGCUUGCGCCCAACGAUAGCCCGGGGACCUUUUACCAUGAUUAUUCUGAACAAGAAGCGUCGCCCGCUUCUGCUACCUUUCGCCCUGGCACGGGCCGGACCUAUACGAGUGAGCCGCUCGAACUAGAUUACAAUGUCGAUGACCGAAGACCAUCUGUUGCGAGUGCCACAACUGUUAGUAGCCAAGGGUCAAAGUCUAGCACCAGCGCCCGUUUCCGGAAAAGACUACAGGGUUUCUUUGGAGACGAGUAUACAGGCCCUGGGGAUCCUGAUGGGAAUUCUCAAAAGCCAGCAGCCAGACCCGUGCGCAUGGCACAGCAUGGAUCUAGGGAAAGGGCGAACUCUGAUGGCACUCGAAACGUCCCGGGACGGUCGCACGAUCAGUCUUUCUCACAGGAAGAAAGGGGUUCCGACCCCGCGAUCCCAUCGCGUGAAAUCACACCGUGGUUGUACCAAAGUAUUAAUGAUAUUCCACAUUUCGGAGAAGCCCCGGUUCGUGAAGCUCCAACGGGGCCAGACAGCCAUCGUGUGGGCAACCGCAAUGGAUCGAGAGACCAGUCCCGGCGGUACUUUAGCGGUCAUCGCCACUCGCGAAGCAAAGAAGAGAAGCCCACCGUUGCUGGUGACCUCGCUGGGUACCCGGCACGCCCUGCGACAGGACGUGACGAUCUUUCUCUUGGCCUCCGUCCUUCCCGGGAAGGGAGUUUGAAUUACCCCUAUACGUCGGCGAUGACCUCAUCCAGCGCCUUGGUUGGACGCUCUACUAGCCCCACGCCGAGCGUACAGAGCGCAUAUUCCCGGGAGCAAGGGCAGAACUCGCCUGGGCCGCAGACGAACAAGCGGUCUCUGUUCGACAAAAUCCGCCGGCCCAAGGGCCAUGGUCCCUUGAAGCAUUUCCCCGGCUUACAGGACGCGUCUAAGAGCUCGUUGAAAAUUCCACGACGAGAAGCUUCUCCAUCCCGCCGGGGCCGCCAGGGAAGUCUCGAGAGUACCACUACUACUAAAUACGGGGAUACAGCAGAUGAUCGGAAAAAGGACGGCAGAAGCCUUGCAAUUGGGCCCGGGAAGCUGCGCGGGCGCCGUGGUGCCGACGCUGCUGGAAGAGAUACCCCGAAUCCGGACGAGCAACGCGUGUAUCCGCUUGAUACAGAUCUCUCACAUAUGGAAGGCAUCGUCAGACAACGUUCUCCAGCACCGCCUGGCGAUGCCAACCGAAUGGAUGGCGCUUCGAUUGAUCAAGAAGGGAUCCCCGACAACUUGACUCUGGGCAACUGGGAUGCCCCAGAGAGCUGGCAUGUCAAGAAGCAGUGGGAUGAAAACACCUCCUUACUUCCGGGGACUGGUGACGACCUUUGGACUACGUCUGAACAGUCAAAUUCCUCUGGAGUUUCAUAUUUCAUCCGCGUUUUCCGGAUUGAUUCAACGUUCGCAACAUUAUCAACGGGAUUAAACGCCACGGUCGCCGAUAUUUUACUAAUCUUGGGUCGGAAGUCCUUCCUCACCGAGCAUUUGAAUAGCUAUGACAUCGUGAUGCGGAGGGGUGACUUAUCCCGGUCUCUGGAUGUUACUGAAAAACCAAUCCUCAUGCAAAAACGGCUGCUCGAGCAAAUAGGCUACACCAAAAAGGACAGGCUAGAAGAACUUGGCCGGGAGGACCAUAGCUACCUGAUCCGCUUUACCUUCCUCCCUAUCAAAUUCAGCGGCCUUAGCAGUCUACAAAGUGGGACCGAGUCCUUGAUCAACAAAUCCCAAAAGCUUACUACCGUGGAUCUUUCAAGCCGAAACCUUGUGACGAUUCCAAUCAGCCUAUACAAACGAUGUUCCGACAUCAUUACGCUGAAUUUGUCACGCAACUUAGAACUGGACGUCCCGAAGGAUUUCAUCCAAGGCUGUAUCAACUUGCGGGAGAUCAUUUUCAAAGGCAAUGAAGCUACGCGCCUAACUUCUAGCUUUAGCAUUGCGGCCCGAUUAACCCUACUUGACAUCUCGAGCAAUCAUCUGGACGACCUCGAGCACGCAAACCUGGACCAAAUACAAGGCCUUGUCUGCAUCAGAUUGACCAACAACAGGCUCACCACCUUGCCGAAAUACUUUGGUAAUUUUCAGUAUCUGAGAACCCUAAGUCUUUCGUGCAAUAAUCUGCAGACACUGCCUGAAUGUAUCUGCGACUUGAAAAGCCUGGUUGACCUGGACUUGAGCUUCAACAACAUCGCGGAACUUCCAAACGUCGGUAACUUGACAUCUGUUGAGCGUAUCUGCGUCACCAACAAUGCUCUACGAGGCCCCUUGAGCGAGACAUUCAAGAACCUUACCAACCUGAAGGAGCUCGACGCCAGAUUCAAUGAGAUAACGAACAUUGACAGUGUCUCCAUGCUCCCACGCCUGGAGCAGUUGUCGGUCGGUCACAACCCUAUCUCACGGUUUAGAGGCUCUUUCCCGAAAAUGCGAAUUUUAGCUCUCGACCAUUGUCCAAUGACUCAAUUUGAUAUUGACGCACCCAUGGCAACCCUGACAUCGCUGAACGUGGGAUCGGCAAAACUCGUUCAGCUGCGGGAUUCCAUGUUUGAGAAUCUGCCCAAUCUCACAAAGUUGAUUCUGGAUAAGAACCACUUUGUGUCAAUGUCCUCCCAAAUUGGCAGGCUCCGCAGACUCGAGUAUUUUAGCAUGAUUAAGAAUCCGCUGGCUGCGUUGCCUCCGACAAUCGGAUGUCUAACAGAGCUCAGAUAUCUCAAUUUGCGGGAGUGCAAUCUCAGAAGACUGCCACCAGAGAUCUGGUACUGUCUCAAGUUGGAAACACUCAACGUUUCGUCGAAUGUUCUGGAUGCCUUUCCGAAGCACACUUCUCAGCCGCCAACACUCAAUGAUAUCGGCAAUACUCCUACGGCCACCCCGGCCCCGUCCACAACGCCAAGCUACGAGGACGUAGGUGCGCUGGAUGAAAGCCAAGCUCGUCGACCGAGUCAGGCCUCAGGCGGUGUCCUUAGCACUGGAAGCUCGCCCAAUGGAGGGGGUUACCGAAAGCCGUCAGUUGCGUCUUCUUUCGGCCAAGGUGGCCGUAAAGUGUCUACUACCUCUCGCUCCCACACCGAAGGAAGCCCAUCCUCUAGGAAGGAUUCCAAUUUCUCGCAAUUCUCUGCUUCUACAUUCGUGGGCUCGCUCAAGAAUCUUUACUUGGCGGACAAUCGGCUAGAGGACGAUAUUUUCCGCGAGCUUUCGCUGAUCCCGGAUCUGCGCGUGGUGAAUCUUUCUUAUAAUGAAUUGACCGAGUUGCCGCAGGGAUUGCUAAGGCGAUGGCCUUUGUUGUCUGAGCUGUAUCUCUCGGGCAACGAGCUUUCCUCUCUCCCUUCUGACGACCUUGAAGAAUCAAGUAAUCUGCAGGUCCUUAAUAUCAACGGGAACAGGUUCCAAGUGUUACCGGCGGAACUGUGUAAGGUCAGCAGGCUUGCCAUUCUAGACGUCGGCAGCAACUCUUUGAAAUACAACGUCUCCAACUGGCCCUAUGACUGGAACUGGAACUGGAACCGGAACCUGAAAUACCUCAACUUUUCUGGCAACAAGCGAUUGGAGAUAAAGCCUAACUUCAACACCGCACAAGGAGCCGACCUGACCGACUUUAAUUCUCUUAGUCACCUGCGAGUUCUAGGUUUGAUGGAUGUUACCCUCACGACAUCUACUAUCCCCGAGGAGAAUGAAGAUCGUCGUGUGAGAACUUCUUCUUCUAUGGCCGGCUCAGUUGUCUAUGGCAUGGCGGACUUUUUGGGCAAAGAUGAUCACCUGUCCAUCAUUGAUAUGAUCGCCCCGCGUUUAAGAACAGAAAAGUUCGAAACUGUUGUGGGGUUGUUCGAUGGCCAAUUUAACUAUGGCGAAGGUUCAAAAAUCGCCAAAUUCCUCCAUGAGCAUUUCGUCAACAACUUCAACUCCCAAUUGAAACGAUUGCGACGAGAAGAGCAGGAAACUCCGUUAGAUGCUCUACGACGAACUUUCUUGGUUCUGAAUAAGCACAUCGCUCUUGCCUGCUACAAAUAUCAUGACGACCAAGGUGUCCGACAAUACAACGACGACCCGGGUGAUCAGAGGAAGGUCAAGUUAACCAGCCACGAUAUCAGGACCGGUGGAGUUGCAACUGUGCUUUAUCUGUGUGAGAUGGACCUAUAUGUUGCCAACGUUGGCGAUGCUCAGGCAAUCCUUGUCAAAUCAGAUGGCUCCCUUAGACAGCUGACGAAGGUUCAUGACCCCACUGAGCCCCAUGAAAGAGCCAGGAUUCGGGCUGCCGGAGGCUAUCUCACUCGCAACGGAAGGCUCAAUGAUGACAUACCCGUCUCAAGGUGUUUCGGGUUCUUCCCUGACAUGCCUGCGAUUAUUGCGGCCCCUCAUACCAUGCAUAUCAACCUCACCGAACAGGACGAGAUGAUAAUUCUUGCAUCGAAGGAGCUUUGGGAUUAUGUCACGCCGGACGUUGUCGUCGAUGUCACCAGGGCUGAACGAAGAGAUAUGAUGAUAGCGGCGCAAAAGCUUAGGGACCUUGCUGUUUCGUUUGGGGCCAGUAACAAGCUUAUGGUGAUGGUACUGGGUGUGGGUGAUCUCAAGAAGAAGAACAGCAAGUACAACCGACCCAGCGUCUCUCUAGGCGCCCCCGAGGAGCAAAUUCUCCCCAGCACGAAACGCACCAAAAAGCCACGCGACGUUCCUGGCGAUUCCCGGCUUGCCCGGUUCGACUAUGUGGAUGCACCUGUCGGAGAGUUGGCUAUCAUCUUCACGGAUAUCAAAAAAUCAACAAGUCUGUGGGAGACAUGCCCUGACGCCAUGCGUUCCGCCAUUCAGAUCCAUAACGACAUUCUUCGUCGUCAAUUAGGAAUAAUCGGUGGAUAUGAAGUCAAAACUGAAGGUGACGCAUUCAUGGUUGCCUUUUCAACAACUACGGCAGCUCUUCUCUGGUGUUUCAAUUGUCAAUCUCAGCUCCUAGAAGCUGAAUGGCCCACAGAGAUUCUUGAACAGCCCCAAUGUCAAACCCAAUACGACAUGGACGAUAACAUCAUCUUCCGGGGACUGUCUGUCCGGAUGGGCAUCCAUUGGGGCGAGCCUGUUUGCGAAAAGGAUCCCGUCACUAAUCGCAUGGAUUAUUUUGGGCCGAUGGUGAACCGCGCAUCACGUAUCUCCGCUGAGGCCGAUGGAGGGCAGAUCUUCGUGUCUUCUGAUUUUAUGAGCGAUAUCCAGCGCAAUCUGGAAGUAUUCGCGGACAGCGAGCGUGCUGCAUCGACUGGCUCCGAAGAAAGUUACGCACUGGAUAAUUUGGGAUAUAACAUUCGUCGUGAGCUUCAGCAACUAAACAGCUUGGGCUUUGUGAUCAAGGACCAGGGCGAGCGCAAACUGAAAGGACUAGAAAACCCCGAGUCUCUCUACCUAAUCUACCCACAUGCACUGUCCGGGCGAUUGAAUUCAUUUGAAAAGGAUGUGGCGAAUGAAAAUACCCCGACAAGCAUCAGCAAGCAUUCGCAACUCGAAAUCCAAACAGACCUGAUCUGGCGAUUGUGGGAAAUUACGCUCCGUUUAGAGAGGCUUUGCGGUGCUCUGGAGUACCCGGGCGAAGCACGUCUCAAGGAGCCCAAUGUAGCGCUCUUUAACGUGGUCAAAAACCACGGAGGAGAGCUGGCUGAUUCAACGGUGCUCAGCUUGGUUGAACAGCAGGUGACCCGAAUUGAGAUGACAAUCAACACACUCGCGGUUCGACAUAUGAUGCGGCCCUUCAGGCCAGGGGACCGACUCAACGAUCAUGCCGUGCCUAUAGGGGAAGUGAUGCAAGAACUACAGACUCAGCUUGCCGAAUAUUGGGCUCUCAAGGAGCAACUUGCGGGAAACGCCGCUCAUCUUCCUAAUGAGUCUCUCAGGUACUCCCGGGCCAAUAUCCCCUUUGAUGGUGGUAACAGUUCCGCCUCAUCGUCAGACCAUUAG